UGAAAAUAUAUUUUAAUAAAUUGUUGGGUUAGGUUUUAGUUUUGAAUGGCCGCUUGCAAUAACUGUUGUCUCUUUUUCAUUUCAUCGAACAGUUUGACAUCAAGCUUAGUAAUCAUUUCAAACAUAGAAGCAGUUUUUCUACCAUUGGAAGAAAUUCUGAAUGAAACGGAGCUAUGAUCGUUUUGGGGAGACAGAUUCGGGUAUGACUACCCUAAAGCUAUUGAUUCUCUUGCGAAUGAUUUGUGAUCUUUUUCUAAAUUUUGUAUGCAAUACCCAAAACUGUGUAUUCUAAAUCCGCAUAUAGCUUCCGAUUAGAACGACAAAAGAAGAAGGUGUCUGAUGCGAGAAGAAGGUUUACCUGAAAUCGAGGCGUGAGAAACAGCAGGGCAACUGUAGCAAGAACCAAAAAAAACGGACGAACCGAUGAAAUUGAAGCGGUAGAAAAUAGAUUUACACCUCCGUCAAAACUACCCUUUCCUAUCUCAAAUGAGAGUUCUCAAAUGGAGGCAUUUUCGGAUAUAAUAAUGAAAUUUGAUACAACUACAAUGCAUGAUUGAUUCUAAUUGUGUAGGGAUAUUUAUAGUGAAUACACCAUCCAACCAUGAAUUGCAUGAGAUAACAGUUUCUUCCUCGUUUUCCUCCACCUUUCUCCCAAUUGCUGUUUCCGUCUUCGUAACAAAGAAACCGAUCAAGAUCCGGUAGCCUGAUUGAUCGAUCAAUGAAGAGACCCACUCAAAUUUCGUCAUUAAAGCCUUCGACCACAGUCCUCCCACACCCAACUCCAAGACUGAGAGACCAUUUCGCCAUGGGGAAGAAAUUAGGGCAAGGUCAAUUUGGUACUACCUACCUGUGUAGAGAGAAAUCAACAGGUAUCGAUUACUCCUGCAAAUCCAUACCCAAAAGGAAGAUGUUAUGCAAGGAUGAUUAUGAUGAUGUAUGGAGAGAGAUUCAAAUAUUGCAUCACUUAUCGGAGCAUCCAUGUGUCGUGAGGAUCAAAGGCGCUUAUGAGGACAACGUGUUUGUUCAUCUGGUUAUGGAACUUUGUGCAGGUGGCGAACUCUUUGAUAGGAUUGUACAGAAGGGGCAUUACAGCGAGAGAGAAGCAGCUAAAUUGAUGAAGACGAUUGUUGGUGUUGUUGAAGCUUGUCAUUCUCUUGGAGUUAUGCAUAGAGAUCUCAAACCUGAGAACUUCUUGUUUCAUAGUUGUGAUAAGGAUGCACAGCUUAAGGCUAUAGAUUUUGGAUUGUCAAUCUUCUACAAACCAGGGCAGUAUCUAUCAGAUGUGGUUGGAAGCCCGUAUUAUGUUGCACCUGAAGUUCUUCAUAAACAUUAUGGACCUGAAAUUGACGUGUGGAGUGCUGGAGUUAUUCUCUACAUCUUGCUAUCUGGAGUUCCUCCAUUUUGGGCAGAAUCGGAUUCAGGUAUUUUUAGGCAGAUUUUGAAGGGAAAACUUGAUUUUGAAAGUGAUCCAUGGCCAGAAAUUACAGAAAGUGCAAAAGAUUUAAUAAAAAGAAUGCUUGAUAGAAGACCACAACAAAGGAUAACUGCCCAUCAAGUCCUAUGUCAUCCAUGGAUUGGGGAUGACACAGUUGCUUCAGACAAGCCUCUUGACUCUGCAGUCAUAUCGCGCCUCAAGCACUUCUCAGCUAUGAACAAACUUAAAAAGAUGGCUUUGCGUGUAAUUGCAGAAAGGCUUUCAGAAGAGGAGAUUGGUGGGCUAAAGGAGUUAUUCAAAAUGCUUGACACAGACAACAAUGGCACCAUCACAUUUGAAGAACUCAAACUAGGAUUAAACAAAGUUGGCUCCAAUCUAAUGGAAUCUGAGAUCAAGGAACUCAUGGAUGCAGCUGAUACAGACAGCAGUGGGACGAUAGAGUAUGGUGAAUUUCUUGCUGCAACAUUGCAUUUGAAUAAGAUGGAGAGAGAGGAAAAUUUGCUUACAGCCUUCUCUUAUUUUGACAAAGAUGGAAGUGGGUACAUCACCAUGGAUGAACUUCAGCAAGCUUGCAAAGAUCUUGGUCUAAGCGACACUACUCAGCUGGAUGAAAUGAUCAAGGAAAUCGAUCAAGACAAUGAUGGGCGCAUAGAUUAUGCAGAAUUUACCGCAAUGAUGAGGAAGUCGGAUGAUGGGAUGAGAAGUAGCAGAUCGAUGAAGAAAGGGAGUUUGAACUUUGAUUUGGCAGAAGCGCUUGGCAUUGAUAAUAAUACUAACCAAUCAAAAGAUUAACCAUGCAUACAUACAAUCGGUUUGCGCUGUUUUGUCUCUUCUUACACUUCACAACCUCAUUGGUUGCAAAAAUGACACUUUGCAUCCUAGUAUCAUUGUCACCACAAAACCCCAACUCCUUGUAAUUAGUGAAUUUGAUGGUUUGAUUAUGUUGGGAGUAAUCUUUAAAAGUACUUGUAAUUUAAAUAAAUAGAUAAUUAAGAAAAUAUUGUAUAGUUUAUUCGACCAUGUUUAUAGUAUAUGGCGUAAAGCAAUCGACACAAAAAGGUAAAAACAGAGGUAUAUACAUAUCAUAAUUAGUGAAUUUACAAAGACUCGUUUGACAGAUGUUUAACUUUCAAUACAAUAUAAUAAAAAGGUGG